CGGUUCGCUCGUCCACCUCUCGGCGCGGAACAAGGGGGCGCAAGAAAAAAAUGCAGGCGUCGCUCCAACACUCCCCCGCCGAGCUGAGCCACGCCUUCGGGCCCGUCGCGCCCCAUCCGCACGGCGCCCCGCCGAACGCGGGCCUCCUCCCUAACGCGGGCUACCAGUACCGCCUCUCGUCGUCCCCGCCGCUGCUCAACGCCGCGUCCGAGCAGCAGCAGCAGCAGCAGCAAGGCAUCGCCGAUCCCUCGGGCGUCGCGCUUCUGCAGGUCGCGCAGUCCGCUUCGUCGUCCUCGUCGUCGGCCCAGCAGCACCAGCACAAGCGGAAAGACGAUCAGGCGGGCGCGAGCGUCGCGAUCCCGCGCAAACGGCGGCGGCACGAGGGCGCGGAUCCAUCCGACGAGGGCCCGAACGGCGGGCCCAAGCACUGGACGGACGAGGAGAAGACGCGGCUGUUUCGAUGGGUGAUGGGCCCCGGCCGGGACCUGCAGUUCAACUCCCUCCGGGCGAGCAAGAACGGCUGCCUGCGCGAGUGCGCGCAGCAGGUGUUCGGCGGGCGGAAGACGUACCAGGCGCUGAAGGGCGCCUUCGAGCGCAGCUUUGCCGUGUUCAGGCAGAUCUACCAGCUUGAGUCGGUGACGGCGCAUAUGGCGGACCGGAACGUGAACGUGGUCGACGUCCCCGCCGCGCGUAUGCAGGAGUACGAGCGUCGAAUACAGGCCGCCCGAGAGAAAGGGGUUGACACCGGCACGCUCAAUGCUCGGACCAUCGAUCAGUGGCAUCGGCUGGGAUGGUAUGAUCUAUUCUACACCCGAUACCACGGAGAUCCCGCCACGACCAAACCGUCCUCGCAUCGCGAGCGGCCCAACCAGUCCGUGAACGAUGACCGCGACGAGCACGACGACGAGCACGGCCGAUCGGACCUGUUCGGCAACGACGGCUCUGGCGGACUUGACGACGCCUUCGACCAUCCGCACACGCAGGACGAGCCGCUCACGAGCGACGCGCACCUCGCCUACCUCCCGGCGCCGCCGACGCCCGAGCCCCGGCCGGCCGUCCGCGCACCUUCGUCCUCCUCGUCGCUCUCUCAUGCCAUGCCCCCGUCUCCCUCCGCCCCGCGGCCACCUCCGCGUCAACUCCAGCCUCAAACCCAGCUCCAACCCAAGCCGUCGGCCAUGGCGCCGCCGCCGCCGCCGCCGCCACCCCCACAAACGGCCGCGACGCUCCCCUCCCCCUCCUCCAGCAGCACGCUGUCUCACCUCUCGUCCCCCGCUUCCACAGUCGCCACCAGCGUCAGCGCCCUAUCCGACGACGCGCCGCCCGCCGUCUCGCCCUCCAACCUCGUGCCGACCGUCGCCGCGAUCCUGAAGACGCAGAGCCAGGUGAUCGACUACAUCAAGAAGCGGGACGCGCGGGAGGAGGAGGAGACGAGGAAGAAGGUCGACGGCGAGCAGCUGCAGAAGGUGCAGAUGAAGGCCGAGUUCGCGACGAAGAUCGUGAGCGAUCCGAACGCGGACGUGACGGUGAAGGCGGCCGCGGCGGACUAUCUGAAGAGGCUCUUCUUGAGCGAUUAGUAACAUAUAUAUAACGCACACCGUCGAAUCUUGAGCGGUUUGAACGCUUGUGGCGUCGAUCGUUUGUAUACGGGCGGAUGAGUGCCGUUGUCGUAACAGCGCAGCGGCCUGCCGUCUUUCUGUAUGUACCGUAUACAUAUUAUAAGCAUAGCGCGCGUUCGGCUCUGGAAGAUCUGAACUGCGGAACGGACGCGCGCGGACCUCCGUCCC